AUGUUGUCCAUUCUCGCAGCUCCACAGACCCUACCGGGCCUGAUAUUACUUGGGGCAGUUGCUAUUGUCUGGUUCGUGUUCAGCACCGUCGUCUCCUAUCGCAAGCUUCGACAUAUUCCUGGGCCUUUGCUUGCUUGCUUCUCGCAGCUAUGGAUCUUCAAUGUCACCACGAAAGGGAACCUUUAUCUCACUAUGGAAGAGGUGUUGCACAAGUACGGAUCUCCUGUCAGGAUAGGGCCCAACAUGAUCAUGACCGACGACCCUGAGUUCGUUCGGGUGAUAACAGCUCCUCGCUCGCCGUUCAGGAGAGGCCAUUGGUAUAAAGGCAUGAAGAUUGACCCGCGGAUCAACAAUCUCCUGUCCGAACAAGACGAGAAACGCCACGCAGAGUUGAGGGCGAAGAUGAUGCCAGGAUACACGGGGAAAGAAGUCCCUAAUCUCGAAGAGAAGAUUGACGACCGCGUCCUCGAUCUGGUCAACCUAAUCCAGCGAGAAGGAGUUGAGAAACGGACUUCGAUCGACUUUGCCAUGUUUGCGCAGUACUUCACCCUCGACAGCCUCACGCAUAUCGCAUUUGGCCAUCCCUUCGGCUUCUUGAUCGAGAAUCGAGAUCUAUACGACUACAACAAGUCCAGCACGGCUUUCUUCCCUGUCAUGGAGUUGGGCACGAACAUACCACUCAUCCACUCUGUCCUGUCCAGUUCCCUAAUGCAAGCCCUCGCCGGGCCCAAGCCGGAAGACAAAGCAGGUCUUGGAGCUAUUAUCGGCAUCGCACAAAAAAUCGUUGCUGAACGGUUCAACCCGAACUCGGAGUCCAAGAAUGAAAGAGACAUGCUGAAUUCGUUCAUCAGGCAUGGCCUGACCCAGUUAGAGGCAGAGUCAGAGUCCCUCCUCCAGAUCCUUGCAGGCUCGGAUUCUACCGCCACCACGAUCCGUAUGACGUUCCUGUAUAUACUGACCAACCCGGCGGUGUACGCCAAACUACGCGCCGAGAUCGAUGAGGCCGUCAGCGCAGGCCAGGUCUCGUUCCCCGUGGUCAAGAACGUCGAGGCCAACCAGGCCCUGCCGUACCUCCAGGCGUGCAUCAAGGAAGGGCUGCGGUUGUGGCAGCCGUUGAACGGGAUGCAGACCAAGCUGUCACCGCGCGACGAGGAGAUUGUUGUAAGCGGCGUCCGCAUUCCGCCCGGCACGCAGAUCGGGUUGAGCCAGCACACCAUGAUGCGCAGGAAGGACCUGUUUGGGCCCGACGCCGCCAUCUUCCGACCUGAGCGCUGGCUCGAGGCGGAUCCGGACACAGCCAAAGUCUACGAGCGAGUGUGGGAGCUGUCGUUUGCGGCGGGCAGAUUCACGUGUCUGGGCAAGGGCAUAGCGUUGAUGGAAUUAAACAAGGUUUUUGUCGAGCUCUUCCGCCGGUUUGAUUUCGGCAUCGUCAACCCGGUCAACACCAUGGAGACCAAGUGCCACCAGAUUCAUGUUCAACGACACAUGUAUGUCCAUGUCACAGCUCGAGCACUCUGA